CAGAAGUUAGAGCAAGAUGGCGCCGAUUGGGGAUCUGAGCCCGGAGAACCCGAGCUGAAGCAGCAAUCCCCGUCUGGGGAAGGGUUAAUGCGGGGGUGGGGGUAUCGCCGCUCCCUCUGACGAGGUGACUCGCCCUCUUAAGAGGUGACUCGCUGUAGCUGAGUCGGGCGUGCUUCGCCAGCAAUGGAAAACGGCGAGCUGAGCAGCAUGGAGACUAUGGAGACCCUGACGGAGCUCGGCGACGAGCUCACACUGGGCGAUAUCGAUGAAAUGCUACAGUUUGUCAGCAAUCAGGUUGGAGAUUUUCCAGAUUUAUUUUCUGAACAGUUAUAUGGCACAUUCCAAAGCAGCAAUGCAUGUAAUGGAGACAGAAUAUCAGAUACUUCACAGAAAGCCUACAGCCAGGGACAGUUACAAUCCUCUUCUCCUAGUGCAGUUUCUCCACCACAACUUCAGUCUGUGCAAGUGAAGACCUCUCAGUCAACAGGCACAAUUCCUGCUCCACAGCGGGCUGCACCCCCUCUUCAACCUCGCCCCCAAGUUCAACCCCCACUUCAGCAACAGACAGUGAUGAUUACUCCAACUUUCAGCUCCUCUCCCCAGACCCGGUUCAUUCAGCAACCUGUAAUAUACCAAAAUGCAGCCACAAGUUUUCAAGUGCUGCAACCUCAGGUUCAAAGCUUGGUGACUUCCUCCCAGGUUCAACCAGUUACCAUUCAACAGCAGGUCCAGACCAUGCAAGCUCAGAGGGUACUGACACAGAGUACCAGUGGCACCAUCCAGACACUAACACCAGCGACUGUCCAGGCAGUAGCUGCCCCUCAGGUUCAGCAGGUUCCGGUCCUCGUCCAGCCACAGAUAAUCAAGACAGAUUCUCUUGUCUUAACUACAUUGAAAACUGAUGGCAGUCCUGUUAUGGCUACUGUUCAGAAUCCAGCCCUGGCAACCAUAACCACACCCAUACAGACAACAGCUCUGCAGACUUUGGUUGGUAGCAAUGGGGCCAUCUUGACAACUAUGCCUAUGAUGAUGGGAGGGCAGGAGAAGAUGCCCAUUAAACAAGUGCCUAAUAACACCAAGCAGCCAGAACCACCAAAGGAAGGAGAAAGGCGAACAACUCAUAAUAUUAUUGAGAAGAGAUAUCGAUCAUCUAUAAAUGACAAGAUCAUAGAACUGAAAGAUCUAGUCAUGGGAACAGAUGCUAAAAUGCACAAGUCUGGUGUAUUGAGGAAAGCUAUUGACUACAUUAAAUACCUACAGCAGGUUAACCAUAAAUUGCGACAGGAGAACAUGAUCCUUAAGCUGUCUAGCCAGAAAAACAAAUUGCUGAAGGGUUUUGACUUAAGCAGUCUAGUGGACAAUGAUGUGGAUAUGAAGAUGGACGAAUUCAAUCAAAAUGCUGUGUUGAUGUCCCCUCCAGCUUCUGACUCAGGAUCACCAGCAGGCUUUUCCCCUUAUUCAAUUGAUUCAGAACCGGGAAGUCCACUAUUGGAUGAUGCAAAGGUUAAAGAUGAACCUGAUUCCACACCUGUUGCUCUUGGAAUGGUUGAUCGCUCACGGAUGCUGCUUUGUGCUCUCACAUUCCUCUGUCUCUCCUUUAAUCCUUUAACAUCCUUUUUGGACAGCAAAGAAACACCGGACACUUACAGCACAGUGCAUCAUGGUUCUGAGAGGAAUAUACAAGCAAUAAAACCAGAAUCAGGUGGCUGGUUUGGCUGGAUGAUGCCCACUUUGAUCUUGUGGCUUGUGAACGGUGUUAUUAUCUUGAGUGUAUUCAUAAAACUGUUAGUGCAUGGAGAGCCAGUGAUACGACUGCAUUCCCGUUCUUCUGUGACGUUUUGGCGGCAUCGGAAACAGGCAGACCUGGACUUAGCUAAGGGGGACUUUGCUGCUGCUGCAUCAAAUUUGCAGAUCUGUCUUUCUACCCUGGGCAGAGCAUUGCCUACUUCUCGUUUUGACUUGAUCUGUAGCCUUUCCUGGAACAUUAUUCGUUACAGUCUCCAAAAAUUGGGGUUAGUACGCUGGCUGCUAAAGAGGACAUCACAGCAGAGACGAGCAACUGAGACUCCUCUUGGCUUUGAAGAUGAAGCCAAAACUAGUGCGCGAGAUGCAGCAUUAGCGUAUCAUAAACUUCAUCAACUCCAUAUUACAGGUGAGCUUCCGUCCAGUUCAGCUUACUCAGGAUUGCACAUGGCAUUGUGUGCUGUAAACCUGGCAGAAUGUGCAGAGGAGAAGAUUUCACCAAGCACUCUGGCAGAGAUUCAUCUAACUGCUGCAGUUGGCCUGAAAACUCGCUGUGGUGGCAAGCUGGGCUUCCUGGCGAGUUAUUUCUUAAAUCAAGCUCAGAGCUUGUGUACUUCUGAGCACAGUGACAUCCCUGAUUCCUUACGCUGGUUGUGCCAUCCUUUGGGGCAGAAAUAUUUUGUGGAACGGAGCUGGACAGUGAAAGCUGCUGCUAAGGAUAGUCUGUACUCCACUCAGAGGAACCCAGCUGAUCCCAUUGCACAGGUACACCAGGCAUUCUGUGAAAACCUACUGGAGAGAGCUGUUGAAUCCAUUGUGAAUCCUCAGAUUCCCAAAGGGGCUACAAGCCAUGAUGAUGAGACACCUUGUGAAUUUGCUAAUGCUUUGGACUACUUGAAAUUACUAAGUUCUUUUGUGGAUUCUUUGGGAAGUGGGAUACCACCCUUUUCUGGAAAUUCUGUGCUGAAAUCUGCCCUAGGUCCUGAUGUAGUCUGCAGAUGGUGGUCAUCAGCAAUCACAAUGAUAAUCAGCUGGCUCAAGGGUGAUGAUACAGCUGUGAAAUCUCAGUUUAUCAACGUAGAACGAAUUCCUAAAUGCUUGGAAAUGAUGGAGAAUGCCCUUGUAAGAGCUAUCUUCCAUGUAUGCAAAGCCAUGAAUGUCUUGUUGUCUAGCAAGGCAGAUGGGCAGCAUAGUUCAUUUAGUCAUUGUGAAAGAGCAAGUACUCAUCUCUGGAACAGUCUCAAUAUGAGAAGUGGGAUCUCAAGCACAAGUCUCAACAACCGUGAUCUUGGCAGCCUGCGAAAACUAGCAAAUAGCUUCAGGCUUGCUUAUCGAAAGGUUUUCCUACAUGAGGCCACUGUGCGCUUGAUGGCAGGGGCCAGCCCCACACGAACUCAUCAGCUGUUGGAGCAUAGUCUCAGACGUCGGACCCCACAGAAUACCAAGCAAGGUGAGUUGGAUGUUCUUCCUGGACAAAGAGAACGAGCUACAGCAAUUCUGUUAGCCUGCCGCUACCUCCCCCUGUCUUUUCUGUCAUCUCCGGGCCAGCGUGCUGUCCUACUUGCAGAAGCAGCUCGUACACUGGAGAAGAUUGGCGACAUGCGUUCCUGCAAUGACUGUCAGCAGAUGAUUGUGAAACUAAGUGGUGGCACAGCUAUUGCUGCUUCCUAACCUUAGAGGAAUAGUUUCAUCAGACAUUGAAUGAAUUCUUGUCCCCCCCCCC